CUUUAUAGAACGCAAUCGUAGAAAUUAAAUGGAGCGCAAAACGGAUGAAUCUGACCACGAGAAGAGAAAUUGCAAAAUUGUCGUCUUGGCGGGGGCGUAAUAUACAUAUAUGAACAACUCUUAUUAAAAUAUUAUAUAUACUAGCAGAUAAAAGCUAAAAGGAGGCAUAAUAAAAUUUAGUAUAAAAGUAAAGAUCCACCAGCUGGAAGGAGUUGUCAUAUCUUAAUUAAAGAGCUACACACGGAAUCUUCAGAGAUAGGAAAUAUGGAAACGAAAAAUAGCAACGAUGUGGAAGCUCAAAAAGGAGCACCACCGUCAUACAACAGCUCCAUGUUCGAGAAGAUACAGGCAGCUAAAACAGAAUCCGACGGAAAUGUAGACUUUGGCAAGAAAUUCCUCAUGAUCUUAUGUGGUUCCAUUGGUUGCACAAUCUGCCUAGGUAUCUUCCUGGCCAUCCCAAUAGCAAUGAUAGUUUUGGGAGCCAUUCAUAAAGAUGACUGUCCAGCUGAACGCAUGAUCCCUAUAUAUUUGAUUGUGGGAGGCUCUUUUGGUAUCUUGAAAAAUCUUGCAUCUAUGGGGCAGAGAUGUAAAAACAAAAAUGACGAGGAUGGGGAAGAAAAGAACGUAAAACCAAACCCUUUCGACGGCAUCCUGAGCUGUUUCUUGCUGGCUUGGUUUAUUGCAGGAAAUGUGUGGGUUUAUCGAACAUAUGACAGUUGGACAAGUGAUUCGACAAAGGAUAAUUACUGUGACCCGACGCUAUACUGGUUCGCCUUCUGGAUCGUGACGUCAACAUACAUCAUUCUUGGCGUCGUUUUUUGUCUCGUCUGCUGUUGUGGAGUCGUAUGUUGCUGCUGUGCUGCUAAGGGGGCGGCUAACAAAAAUAACUAUGACACACAAUAAGAAGACUAUCUCAAUGUCACGUGACAGUUUGGAAUAGAUAUUAAGUAGUUCAGAAAUAUCUAACUACGUUCUUAAACCAAAUCUGAAUAAUAGAUAGAUCUAUCACAUGUUGUAUUUUUUGUCACACUGAAGAGGGUUUUUUUCACUAUGAUAAAACGCUUGAAAUAUACAUAACAUUUUACAAAGUUUUCCAUUCGAAGUCAGAGUCGAACAACCACAUAUUCUUACUGUGCCUUUUUGUACUUUUGUACUCCAGGAUUAUUUCUAUUUUUUCCCGGAAUUUUAAAGACUUUUAUACGAAGUGCUUUUUUAAUCAUUUUUUAAUGAAUGAAAGUUAAAAAAAAGUUAAAACAAGGUUUGUCAGUUUGCUUCAAGACGUAUUUUUUAAUAUUGAACAUAUAGGAGCAUGUCCCUGUAUACAUACCAAUGCUUGGUGAUUGAGCCACUCACACCCAGUCACAGUUAUUCCAGUUUAGUGUGGUGAAUUCCAGAGUGAACAAUAACGGUUACACUUUGUACUCUACCUCUUUGCUUUUUUAUUUCAUGGUGAACAUGUACUCGUUAUAUAAGAUCUGUUUUCUUGUGUUUGAAACUGUACCUUCUUGUACUUAGAAGGAAUUUAAUAUGCUAUUGAUAAGAAGCUAUAUUGUUACAGAACACAAUCAAAAUAGAAAAAGGGAAGUAAUCAAAAUUUUAUAACUGAUAUUUCUAUUUAUUAGUUUCAACAAAAAUACUUCGAUGUAUACGAUUUGAUGAAGUAUCUUAAUAUAAAUGUUCUAACACCCAUAAAAUUCGUUAAUUAAGAAAUAUAUAUUUUCAUAUUUCGUCUUGUGGCACAUGCAAACAUAUAAUAAUAAAUGAGCCGCGCAAUGAGAAAACCAACAUAGUGGGUUUGCGACCAGCAUGGAUCCAGACCAGCCUGCGCAUCCGCGCAGUCUGGUCAGGAUCCAUGCUGUUCGCUUUUAAAGCCUAUUGGAAUCGGAGAAACUGUUAGCGAACAGCCUGGAUCCUGACCAGACUGUGCGGAUGCGCAGGCUGGUCUGGAUCCAUCUGUUCGCAAAGCCACUAUGUUGGUUUUCUCAUGGCACGGCUCAAAUAUUUUUAAAAAUCAAAUUUUGCAAAUAUUUAUAGUAGAUACCUUACAUGACAUUAGUAACCAGACAUUUCUGAUCAUUAGCACAUACUCGUGUGUCAUUUCCGAAUUCUGAUCACUUUUGUAGAAUAAGGGACAGUAAGUCGAAUUCUGUAAAGUCACUGCCAUUACUAACUCGAAGUGAUUUUUUCAUAGUUUUAGUUUGUGUUAUCUCGAAAACCUGUUUUAAAAAGUGCUCAUUAUACAGACAAGGCUUUUCAUUUCAAUCUUAUUAUACGACAUAUGCGUGCGUUCGUGCGUGCAUACGCCGUGCGACGCGCCUGCGUGUGUGCGUACUAGGGUAAAGUAGUAUACGUGAUGGUUCAAAGGGUAAAUUUGUUUUUUGUUUUCAUUAUGUUAAUGUGCAUUUUACAUAUCUCCUGUAUCAGCCAGUAAUAGAAUAUAAAUAUGUGUUGUCUCUGUCAUUCCGUUGUUUAGAUUCCCAUAUAUACGGGCAACUCCUUCUCAUUAGCUUUUUGAUUUUUUUAUGAAUUCUUUUAUGCUUUCAUAUUUAACAUUCUGUUGCUUUCAUAUAAUAAAAGAAAGGAAAUGAAAAGCACACAUUUUUGAAAUGCAUGACUUGCAGAUUUUGUCUCAGUUAGCUUUAUACAACUGCAAUGCUUUUAAGGAUUUUCAUUUUUGUUUUUAAAAAAAACGUACUUCAAAAUGUUUGUAUGAAAGACAAAAAAGUAUACAUGUUUACGAUGAUAUUAUUUUUUACUCAAAAUUGUAAAUAAGUCGAUUUGUGUCAAACUGCUUUAUUUGUGCCGCCUUUACAUUGUUUUAGCUGAGAAAAUGAAUGAAUUGUGUGUAAUAAUUUUACAUUGUAUGCAUAUAGGCAGCUUGCAAAGAUUCAUAUCACAUUUUAUAAAUUUUAUGCUCAGACUUAUUUUAUUCGUUCUGUUUCCUUUUAUAUUUGCUAUCAUCAGGCGACAACUUAUUGUCAAGUCUAACAAAAAUGCCAAUAAACGGGCAUAAAAGA